GCCUCGGAGAGCGUAGGAAGGGCGGGGACCCGGAUGUGUGUGGUGGCGGCGGCCGAAGAGCUAGUGUGAGGAGCUGAGAGGCCUAUGGAUGAGGAGAACGCGGCGGCCCCGGUCCGUGUCUUCCCUGUCACGCCUCCCGCACUGGAACAGAAGUGCUGUGAGAACAGGAAUCCCACCCAUCUUGUUAACAACGGUACUCCUAACACCAAGAACAGUGCACAUAGUAGGAGCUCAGGAAAUGCUGGAUGUUUGUUCUCAUGAACAAGAUGGAUGACCUCAACCUGCACUACCGGUUUCUGAAUUGGCGCCGGAGGAUCCGGGAAAUUCGGGAGGUCCGGGCUUUCCGAUACCAGGAGAGGUUCAAGCACAUUCUUGUAGACGGAGACACUUUGAGUUACCAUGGAAACUCCGGUGAAGUUGGCUGCUACGUGGCUUCUCGACCCCUGACCAAGGACAGCAAUUAUUUUGAGGUGUCGAUUGUGGACAGCGGGGUGCGGGGCACCAUUGCUGUGGGGCUGGUCCCUCAGUACUACAGCUUGGAUCACCAGCCUGGCUGGUUGCCUGACUCUGUAGCCUACCACGCUGAUGAUGGCAAGCUGUACAAUGGCCGAGCCAAGGGCCGCCAGUUUGGGUCAAAGUGCAACUCCGGGGACCGGAUUGGCUGCGGCAUUGAGCCCGUGUCCUUUGAUGUACAGACUGCCCAGAUCUUCUUCACCAAAAAUGGGAAGCGGGUGGGCUCCACCAUCAUGCCCAUGUCCCCAGAUGGACUGUUCCCAGCAGUGGGCAUGCACUCUCUGGGUGAAGAGGUGAGGCUGCACCUCAACGCUGAGCUGGGCCGCGAGGAUGACAGCGUCAUGAUGGUGGACAGUUACGAGGACGAGUGGGGUCGGCUGCAUGAUGUCAGAGUGUGCGGAACUCUGCUGGAGUACUUGGGCAAGGGCAAGAGUAUCGUUGACGUGGGGCUGGCCCAGGCCCGGCACCCGCUGAGCACCCGGAGCCACUACUUUGAGGUGGAGAUCGUGGACCCUGGAGAGAAAUGCUACAUCGCCUUGGGGCUGGCCCGGAAGGAUUAUCCCAAGAACAGGCACCCUGGCUGGAGCAGAGGCUCUGUGGCUUACCAUGCAGAUGAUGGGAAGAUCUUCCACGGCAGUGGUGUGGGGGACCCCUUCGGGCCACGCUGUUACAAAGGGGACAUUAUGGGCUGUGGAAUCAUGUUCCCCCGGGACUACAUUCUGGACAGUGAGGGUGACAGUGAUGACAGUUGUGACACAGUGAUCCUGUCCCCAACUGCCCGAGCCGUCCGGAAUGUCCGGAAUGUCAUGUACCUGCACCAGGAGGGGGAAGAGGAAGAAGAGGAAGAGGAAGAAGAAGAAGAUGGGGAAGAGAUUGAGCAGGAGCAUGAGGGCAAGAAGGUGGUGGUUUUCUUCACUCGGAACGGCAAGAUCAUCGGGAAGAAGGAUGCUGUUGUACCUUCUGGCGGCUUCUUCCCCACCAUUGGAAUGCUGAGCUGUGGGGAGAAAGUCAAAGUGGAUCUGCAUCCCUUGAGUGGCUAGGGGCUUCUUCCCUAGACCUGCCCCAUCUCCUUUUCCUCGCCCUUUGCAGAACCGGGUGCCCAGUUUCUGCCUUCCCCAAGGAUUUGCUUACCCAGCAGGCCCCCAGGGAGUUCAUAGUCCCUCCGGCUCCCCCCAGAUCAGGCCCCUGCCGAGCUCCUGUGUGCCCAUGUUUCUGACCUGGUGCUACCUCGAUCAUCAGUCAGUCCUGGACCCGAGUCCCUCGUUGGACAGGAACAGGCCCUAAGAAUGGAAUUGGUAUAUUGGUGGGUCCCGCUUGCUUUGGCUGGUGGACUCCCGCACCUUUUCUUUCCCCACCGGCCAUAGGAGUGGAGAGGAGUGAGCACCCUGUCUCAGCUGCUAUUUGGGCAUGAGGCUUUGCAGGGGGUGGAGUAGAGACAUCCCCCUCCUCUAUUUAUCACAGUAUUUCCCGUUGCAUCUCCUUUUUGUUCCCUGUCCUCAUUGUGAACCAGUUGCUGCUGUUAUCCCCCUGGCUGGGCUCGGGGGGCUCUGUUGGGCCUCUCUCUCCUUCCACUGACUGCUGUCCCAGGAAGACUACUCUAGGGUCUCUGUUCUUUCCCUUGAGAGCCCGCUUUCUCCUUCAUUGCCUGCUUAGGCACCGUAGUCCCGCAGAGAAUCUGAGUCUCUGGCUCCCCGCAACUGUACACACAGUCGGGUGCCUAUUACGUGUUGAAUGGAGUGAGAGAGGGGCUGCCAAGUGAGGGGGCCUGGGGCCUCUGCUCCCAUCCCCUCCUUGCCAUCCUUGGGACACCUGUGGUACCCUUGUCCCUAGUUCCCUGGGAUGCACGGUGAAGGCAAGACCCGGAGCCGUGGUCGUAGGCGCAGAAGGCGGCUCGGCCCCUCACUCCCCUUCCCUGCUGCACCCGUGUCCCAGCUUGCUGCCCGUGCCAGUUGCCUGUUUUGCUUCAGUGUUUGAUUCUAGCACUUACAUACGUCCUCCCCUACCAAGCCCUCCUGUCUCCCGCCGCCACGACCCCUGACCCCCUUCCCAUACAGUGACUUCUCCUGGGAGGAAGAGGGAGCGGGAGCUGUUAGCCUUGGUUUGCACAGAGUGGGUGGGCCUUGGGGAAAGGGGGUGAGCUGCUGUGUUGCUGGUGUCCCCCCUUUGGCCCUCCACUACGAUGUAUGAAAUGUAUGUACAGCCCAGAGAUGUUUAUACAGCCAAUAAAGAUGGAGUUUCUGUAUUUAUCA